CCUUAAAUUCUAAUGUCACAUUAGAUAUUAUAGACAAUAUAUAUGUCCAAAGUUCCCUAAGGCAAGAACUGUUGUCGGUCCGCGAUGAUGGAGUUGUUAUUGCUCGUGAUAUUAAGUUGCGUUUUGUUGGUUUGGUUAUGGAUGAGAUAUCGUCAUCCAUUGCCUCCAAUUUGUCCGGGGGCGUUACCAGUCAUUGGACAUGUCCUAGCUGUGCCAAGAGAACCUCAGGAACGAAAGGUAUAUUAUCGAAGCGUCAUUAACACUGGCUUUAUUAUUUAUUUUCCAGUUCUGUCAGAUCCUGACGAUGCUAUCCUGGUAGCCAACACUUGUUUCUCUAAAAGUUAUAUGCAAAAUUUUGCGAGCGAACUAUAUGGAAGGGGUUUAGCAACAUCAGAGGUAUCUAUGUGGAAAGUGCAUCGUAAGCUGUUAAACCCAUCGUUCAGUCAGCAAAUAUUGAAUUCAUUUCUGGGUGUGUUUAACGAUCAGUCUCGAAGACUUGUCUCUGAACUUGAUAUGGAAGUCGGGAAGGAUACGUUAGAUGUAGAAACGUAUUUAACAACUUUCCUUCUGCGAACGUCUUGCCGUAAGUAUUUUAACUUAAAAUCUCCCCCUAUCGGACGCCGAUUAAAUGAUUUUUUCCAUUUUGAAUUUCAGAUCAUCCAACGUAAAUUAAACGAUAAAGAAAGUACAGUUAUAGAAAAUAGUCAAGAUAAAUUUCAACCACUAUUGGAUCGAAUGCUGCAUUUAUAUAAAACACAGGAUGCCUUCACCGUCGAUGAGAUAAAGGAACAUGUCAACACAAUGAUCGCAGCUACUUAUGAGACAACUGCCAUUAGUAUUACUUUUGCACUGAUCUUACUUGGAUCUCAUCCCGACGUGCAAUCAAGAGUUCUUCAGGAAUUAAAUGAAGUGUUCAAAGAGAAAGACAGAGACGUGGACAAAACAGAUUUACACAAGCUCGUGUACUUUGAUGCUGUCAUCAAAGAAAGUUUGAGACUCUACCCUCCUGGACCAAGAAUCGUACGAUGCAUUGACACAGAUGUUAAAUUAAAAGAAUAUACGUUGAAGGCUGGCAGCGAAGUUCUCAUCUCAAUACACUCGAUCAACCGGCAUCCGAUGUGGGGCGCAGACGCGGACCUGUUUAGACCUGAGCGAUGGCUGGACCCCGCCUCACUGCCUGGCAAUCCUAACGCUUUCGCCACCUUCAGUUUAGGCAAACGAAACUGUAUAGGUAAAACGUAUGCUAUACUGGUAAUGAAGGUAACUCUAGUGCAUCUGUUAAGAAAAUACCACUUCACAAGUUCAUCGCCAAAUAUACAGUCGCAAUGUGGAGCAUUCUUCCAAGUUCCAAAGAACGAACACGAAGUCAAAAUACAAUAUCGAAAGUAGUUGCUGAUACACGCUGUUGAACUAUUUAUUACACCAUUAUAAGAAUAAAUUAUACUAUAUCCCGAAAAUUUCGUUGAUCUAGCAUAAUCCAAACCGAGGAUUAUUAGGAGUUAUGAUUGUUAA